UCUUUGAAGCCGGACUCCGCCUUUUGCAUUAUUUGGACAAAACGGCUUUCCUUAUUCCGCUGACGUCGACUCUUUGAAUCGCCGCGACUCCGGCUGGCUGAUAUGGCUGCUCAGAAGAUCAACGAAGCCUUGGAGCACAUCGCUAAAGCAGAGAAAUACUUGAAAACUGGAUUAUUAAAAUGGAGACCAGACUACGACAGUGCAGCUACAGAAUAUUCCAAGGCAGCUGUUGCUUUUAAAAAUGCCAAACAAUUUGAACAAGCAAAAGAAGCAUAUUUUAAAGAAGCUGUAUCCCAUGAAAAUAAUAAAGCCUUCUUCCAUGCUGCAAAGGCUUAUGAACAAGCAGGGAUGAUGUUAAAGGAGAUGCAAAAACAUCAUGAUGCAGUGGAACUGAUUCAGAAAGCCAGCAUGAUGUACCUGGAGAAUGGAACCCCUGACACAGCUGCCAUUGCACUUGAUCGGGCUGGGAAGGUCAUAGAAAACAUAAAUCCAGACAAAGCUAUACAGCUAUAUCAGCAAACAGCUUCAGUAUUUGAAAAUGAAGAGCGUUUAAGGCAAGCGGUUGAAAUGUAUGGAAAGGCUUCAAGGCUUUUAGUCAGAGGCCGUAGACUAGAUGAGGCUGCACUAUCUCUUCAAAAAGAAAAGAGUAUUUAUAAAGAUAUUGAAAACUAUCCAACCUGUUACAAAAAAACUAUUGCCCAGGUCUUAGUACAUCUACAUAGAAAUGACUAUGUUGCUGCAGAAAAAUGUGUCAGGGAGAGUUAUAGCAUACCAGGCUUCACAGAAAGCGAAGACUAUGCAGCCCUGGAGCAGCUCCUAGAAGGAUACGAUCAACAGGAUCAGGACCAAGUAUCAGAUGUUUGCAAUUCUCCACUCUUUAAGUAUAUGGACCAUGAUUAUGCAAAGCUUGGCCUUUCGCUUGGUGUCCCAGGAGGAGGUAUAAAGAAGAAAUCUCCAGUUACUGAACAAAGUAAAGGACGUGGACCAGCUAUAUCAGAUUCUCAUAGAAAUGAGGAAGAUGAUGAAUAUGCAGGUGGACUGUGCUAAUUCUAACUCUGUUCUCAAAUACUAUGUUAGCUGUUUGCCCAAUGAACAAAUUCCAGGAGCAAUUAAAAUGGCAUCAUUGCAAUCAUGAAAUUAGAAAGGAAGUAAUAUUGGCUUUGGGAUAUUUGUAUACAAAGCAUGACUAUGCACCUUGAAGUAUUUCUGGGUUACAGUUAACCAUAAUUCUUUACAACGUGUUGGUUUUAAUGCAUACUUGAAUACAGUAAGCCCUUCAAAAAGGGAGAGAGAUUGGAAGGAAAUAUUUAUAUUGGAUUUUUCUCUCUAAAGUAAGUUGGGAAUCUGUUUCAUGGCUUAGUGGCAACAGUCCUGCUAGUCAUACUAUUUCUGUUUUUGAAUAAUACCAUUAAAUUAUUUCAAAACACCUAAAAUUGUGAUAGAUUUCCUUUUGCUUCUUUGAAUAUAUUUAAUGACAUGUUUGCCUAUAUAAUUUGAACAGGAGUUCAUAGGAGUUUGUUUGCCAGGAAAGCAGAGGUUAUUAGAGGCAGGAAUUUUGAUAACCAUUGGGUUCUUUCUAAGUACAAUUGUCAUGGGUUAGAAAACUCAGUGCUCCUAGUUGUUGAAUCAGUAAUGCACAAUGCACAAAUAAUGUACUUUAUGUACUUUGUAGACAAAUCAAAAAAGAAAUUUAGUUAAAAAAGAUUAUACAGUGUUCUAUUUGAAAUCGCAGUGAGCUAGAACAUUUAACAUUUAUGUGCUUUAUUUCUUGAAUAUUCUUUGAUAUUGUAGAGCUCGCAUUUUCAGCCUUUAUAUUUCAGAUUUUGCUGAAAUAAUUUAAAAUAAUUUGAAUUUUCAUAGACAUUUGUACAUUAGUUCCUGCUACUUUCCACUAAACUCAACAGUUCUUCUAUUUAAGGGAAUUUAGGCAAAUACCAACCAGAUUGUGGAUAGCUGUAAUAACUGUUCACAAUAGUAUAUUACGUGACAAAAGAGAAAUAACAGUCAAAUGUGCCCCUGUGUUUAUUCAGAAAAGCGGUAGGCUUUUGAUUUCCUGAUUCCAGGAAUCAGAGAGUUUUCAAAAAAAUAGAUUCAAGGUGGACUGUGCUAAUUCUAACUCUGUUCUCAAAUACUAUGUUAGCUGUUUGCCCAAUGAACAAAUUCAACAUAAGAAUGUUGAAUCUAGAGCCAAAUUAAAAACUGUUAUAUUGAAAUUUCAACAUAGAACAUGGAAUGGCUGUCAAUGGAAAUAAAAUUUUAAUUCUAGAUUUAAUUAUGUUUUCAAGAUAGGAAUUUGUGACAGUGGAUUUAUUUAAUACUUUCACUGUCUAGCUUUGAAUAUUUAAGGUACUUUUCUAUAUUAUAGCAGAAUAAAAAGUAAUGGAUUUGCUGUUUCCCUUGUAUAAUGCAAAUUAUCUUUGCUUUCCAAAUAAUUAGUACUUUGUUUUCCAAAGUAUACAUACUUCUUUUAAUUGGAUCAAAAAUGUAGCAGGGAGGACAGUUUUGGAAGUAAUUGCCAGCUUUUAGUGAGCAACAUUUCAACAAUUGGUUUGCAUGAGUAUGCUAAAAUGUAAUCCAAUGUUACAUAAAAGAAACCAUUCAGAGUGACUUGUUUGUAUAUCCAGAUGCUGUAUAAAAUGAUUUUUUGCCAUGUGAAUCUUGUACUUAAUCGUGCCCAUCUUAUCUGUAAAUGCAAUAGAGUAUGAAAAAUGUCAUAAUUGCCUAGCCUAAGAAACUCUGUAGUUCACCUGUACAAAAUAAAAGCGGUAAACUCUAA